UUUCCUCUCCCCACCGCACGCAUCCAGUGGCUGCUGCCGCCUCGCCCCCGCUCCUCCUCCUCUCCCGCCACCCACGCCGCGCAGGCCUCACCUACUGGUCGUCGUUGCCUAGGGGCCAGAACGCAGGGCCCACAGCCCCGCCGCCCGCCACCGCCUCCAAGCCUGCUGCGCCGCUCACUGUCAACCUGCCUCGCCAAGUCGCCCGGAUCUCGACGCCCCACCUGCGGCCGGCGGCGGCCCCGCCAAGGUGCCCUGACAGACGCGGAGACGCCACCAGAACCACGGAGUUCGUGCGCUGGCUGGUUGUCUGCGGAAGACUCUCCCUCUGGCAUCUCCGCCACUGCCGCCACCUCCCUGCUCCAACCCCGCACCUCCGCUUCGCCAUGAACCCUUCGUCGUCAUCCACCUCCUCCUCUGGCGGGUACCACUCUAGGGCCGCUGCCUUUGCUUCCCCGCAGCCGCGCGGCGGUGGCGGUGGCGGCGGCCGAGAUGGGAGCGACCGCAUCGACGCCCUCGGUCGCCUCCUGACGAGGGUGUUGCGCCACAUGGCGGCGGAGCUGCGCAUAGAUAUGAGGACCGAUGGAUACGUGCGCGUCCGCGACCUGUUGAAGCUCAACCUUCAGACCUUCGCCAAGGCCCCUCUCAAGUCUCACACUGUUGACGAGAUCAGGGAGGCAGUCAGGCAGGACAACAAGCAGCGGUUUAGUCUGUUGGAGGAAGAUGGCGAGCUGUUGAUCCGGGCGAACCAGGGGCACACAGUAACAACUGUCACAUCAGAGAGCCUGCUGAAGCCCAUUUUGUCCCCCGACGAAGUGUCAGUUUGUGUGCAUGGAACUUACAGAAAAAACCUUGACUCGAUUUUGCAAUUUGGGCUAAAGCGUAUGGCAAGGUUACACAUACAUUUCUCAAGCGGCUUACCAUCAGAUGGAGAAGUAACCAGUGGUGUACGGCAGAAUGUAAACAUCUUGAUACAUCUGGACGUUAGUAAAGCACUUAAAGGUGGGAUGAAGCUUUAUAUUUCAGACAACAAAGUGAUCUUGACAGAAGGUUUUGAUGGCGUCGUCCCGGUGAAAUACUUUGAAAGAGUCGAAACAUGGCCAGGACGAGCUCCAAUACCGUUCCAGAGAUAACAGGCCAUGUUACCAUUUUUCGGUAAUUCACAUACAUGAUUUUUUUUUUGGGGGGGGGGGAGGGGGGGCUUAAUAUGCAUUGUGGGUGUGGAAUAUAUCAGCAUUUGGUAAAAUUUGAUUGUGCUGGGACCUCUCAGUGAUUCGAUUGAUGAUUUUCCGGACUCCGUGAAAAGCUGUGGUUCUUUGUGUGUCUUUUCGGUUUUUGUGUAACGAAACCAAAAGACGAGUUAGUUUCUCUGUGCCUGAGGAUGUCAAGAGGGUUUGCCAACCAUCUAUCCUAAUUAAUGGAGUACGAGAAGUUUGCGGAGUAUGAGCAGAAGUACUCAGAGGAUGCAGCAACCAAACAUUGAAAAGUAUCAUGGGGAGUUGCCUGCCUGCUGGGCUGAUGCCCUUCCUCAGCUCAGUUUGGCAACUUCCAGAAGCAUACGCCUGAGGUGCGCAACGUCUGCUUCGGAGCGAGGGAGCAUGGCAUGGGCGGCAUUUGCAACGGUGGGCACAGCCCAGGGCUCCGUUUCAUGGCCAACGACUGCUAUGCAAGCAGUCCUUCUUUACAAGCGUGCAAGCAAACCAUCCGGUCCAUUAGAUUACGAUCCAACCACAGAUAUAACUAUAAUUUGUUAUGGUUUUUUAUAAAGAUUAUUGAGUUGGUGGUGAAAAGGUUUAAGUAUUAAAUGUGACCUACGGUUGAAUCACGAUCUAAUGGACCAGAUGGUUUGCUUAUGGUUUGCUUGCACGCUUGCAAAGAAGGACUGCUUGCAUAGCAGUCGUUGCCCCGUUCUAUGUUGUUGGUACCUAUCUUGCUUCUCUGAUCGAUCAAUAAAAGGAGACAUUAUUUGAGGGACCCUUUUUGGGUGCCUUGUAUGCUGUAGCUGUUCAAGUGGCUGAAUAAGGCUGCAAGUCUUGUGUAAGGUGAGACUCUGAUGCAUAAGCUUUGCAACUUGCAAGUGAUGUUGGAUUUUGGAAUGUUA